UUCUCCAACCACGCAUUUCGUGUAAACUGGUGUUCUUCUCCUCUCUCUCUCUCUCUCUCUCUCUCUGAGGCGUCUGGUUGGUCUGCAAAAUCAAGAAGAGGACGCAGUUAUGGGGACUCAAGCUCCGGCCGAUCAUACCUACGACCGCCAGAGCAGCGUCGAAGAGAAAUUGGAGAAGCAAAAGGCUAUCGACGAAUGGCUACCGAUUACUUCUUCAAGGAAUGCGAAAUGGUGGUACUCGACUUUUCACAAUGUCACCGCCAUGGUUGGAGCUGGCGUGCUCGGUCUCCCAUACGCCAUGGCCGAGCUUGGAUGGGGUCCCGGUGUGGCGGUGAUGGUCUUAUCUUGGAUUAUCACCCUCUACACAUUGUGGCAAAUGGUCGAGAUGCACGAGAUGGUUCCGGGAAAACGUUUUGAUAGGUAUCACGAGCUGGGCCAAUACGCAUUUGGCGAAAAACUCGGCCUCUACAUCGUGGUUCCUCAGCAGCUUAUCGUCGAAGUCGGAGUGAACAUUGUCUACAUGGUGACCGGCGGCCAAUCCCUGAAAAAGUUCCACGAUACGGUCUGCCCGAGCUGUAAGCCGCUGAAGACGACUUACUUCAUCAUGAUAUUUUCUUCCGUUCACUUUGUUCUCUCCCACCUCCCCAAUUUCAACUCCAUCGCCGGCGUCUCCUUGGCUGCUGCUGUCAUGUCUUUGAGCUACUCCACUAUUGCUUGGGCAGCUUCACUCAACAAGGGUGUUCAGUCCGAUGUACAAUACGGGUACGCAGCAAAGUCAACACCAGGAACGGUAUUCAACUUCUUUGCUGCAUUGGGUGAUGUCGCUUUUGCCUAUGCUGGUCACAAUGUCGUGUUGGAGAUCCAAGCGACGAUCCCAUCCACGCCAGAGAAACCAUCCAAGGGCCCGAUGUGGAGAGGAGUCAUCGUCGCGUACAUAAUUGUGGCUCUCUGCUAUUUCCCGGUUGCCUUAAUUGGGUACUGGGUGUUUGGGAACUCGGUUGCAGACAACAUCCUCCUCUCGUUGGAAAAACCCGCUUGGCUCAUUGCUAUGGCCAAUAUGUUUGUGGUUAUCCAUGUGAUUGGAAGCUAUCAGAUUUAUGCAAUGCCGGUGUUUGACAUGAUAGAAACUGCACUGGUGAAGAAAUUGCACUUUAAGCCCACUAGAACACUUCGAUUUGUAACGCGCAAUAUCUAUGUUGCGUUCACGAUGUUCGUUGGCAUUACUUUCCCCUUCUUCAGUGGUCUUCUUUCGUUCUUCGGAGGAUUCGCUUUUGCUCCUACCACCUACUUUCUUCCCUGCAUAAUGUGGCUCGCGAUUUACAAGCCGAGGCGGUACAGCUUAUCUUGGUGGACAAACUGGAUAUGCAUUGUCAUUGGAGUUCUCUUGAUGAUCGUAGCGCCUAUUGGGGGACUGAGGUUGAUCAUAAUCAAGGCUAAGACCUACAAAUUCUACUCUUAGAUUCUUUACUUGCAUACCAGCUUACAAGGUGAAUCGGGAGUCGCUCCAGCAAUCCAGAUUCUGGCAAAAUUAUGGAUGUAGAUGAACACAACGGCGAAUCGGUGCAAAUUCUCAUUGCCCAAACGGAACCGUUACCUUGUUUCCACGGGACCCCCAACAGGAUCUUUGUAGUGUAAGCGUGCAGUAUUUGUCAGCGGAAAAAAUGGGAAGUUUAUGGACAUGAAAUUAACUUAAAGGGAAGUGUACUGUUUUAGUUUUCGAGUGUAUAUGUCAACCUGUUCUUGUCUCAGGCUUGUUUGUUUCAGCGCUAGUAUAGAGGGAAAAAGACGUGUGUGGCGUGAUUCUUUUCACUUUUGGAGUGUGUUAUUACCCUGAAACAAAAGGUUUAUUCUUGAUUGAA